AUGACCGACAGCGUUCUCUACGAAACUUCUCAAGAUGGGAGAGUCGCAUACAUCACCCUGAACAGACCGAAACGCUUUAAUGCCAUUGACUCGUCCAUGCCUCAGGAAAUCCGAAAUGCUGUGAGGCGCGCAAAUGCUGAUCCCAUGGUUCGUUGCAUUGUGCUGAGAGGGGCAGGUCCAGGGUUCUGUGGUGGUUACGAUCUUGAGAUCUUUGCCGAACGCGCUGCGCGGGGCCAAACCGAGGGCAGCCAGGACGUUAGUAAAGGCUACGAUCCUUUGCGAGACUACUCCAUCAUGAGGGAAAAUACAGCCUGCUUUGCAGAGCUAUUCUAUAGUGCAAAACCUACCAUUGCACAGAUUCACGGUGCUGCUGUCGCCGGCGGGAGCGAUAUUGCUCUGUGCUGCGAUCUUGUUGUUAUGGCCGAGGACGCUCGCAUCGGUUACCCGCCCGCCCGUGCGUGGGGUUGCCCCACGACUGCCAUGUGGGUGGUGCGCGUUGGUGUUGAGAAGGCUAAACGAAUGCUCUUCACCGGAGAUCUACUAAGUGGCAAGGAGGCCGCAGCCAUGGGCCUCAUUCUGAAGGCUGUUCCAGAGUCUCAGCUAGAGAAGGCCGUUCAGUUACUCGCAGAUCGAAUCAAGGAUGUUCCUGCCAACCAGAACUGGAUGCACAAGCAAGUGAUCAACAGUUUUGUGGAGGGUCAGGUACAGAAUGCCCAGAAACUUGCAACUGUAUUUGAUGGCAUCACAAGAAACUCGCCUGAAGGAGUCGCCUUCCAGUUGCUUGCCAAGGACAGAGGCUUUAAAACUGCUAUAGUUGAGAGAGAUGGACCAGGAAGGACAGAGGAGUAUAUCAAGAUGUGGAAAAGUGUCCUUUAA